CAGAGCCAGCUAUUACGUAUUCGCGAUAUCUCUGCGGGUCAAAGGGUAACACGGAGAUAAGUGCCAUGCCACCAUAAAAACUAUGGUGGACCAUAGCGACCAUCAUUCGGGCGCCGCUGGUCCGACGGUCGUAUUCACAAGACAGCAAAAUGGUAAAGCUUACCCCCGAGCAAGUCCAGUUCUGGAAGGACAAUGGCUACAUCAAGCUGUCGGGUAUCUUCACCAAAGAGGAGCUGGAAGUCUUGUCCAAGGAGUACGACCGUCUGUUUUACCUAAAGAACAACCCUGGCAUGGAGGCGGCUUGGCUCGGAUCUGCUAUGGAGAAGGCGACUAGCGGCGAGAACUAUUCUGUACACUCUGUCCACAACCUGCAGUACCACAGCUCGAUCUUCGCCAACGCGCUGCACAACGAGAACCUGCUGGACGCCCUGGAAGGCGUCAUAGGUACCGAAGACAUCUUGCUCCACCACACUAAGGCUCACUACAAACCUCCCAGAGUGGGCGCCCCUUACCUCAUGCACCAGGACUACCACUACUUCCCGUUCAAGAAGCACUCCAUGGUAGCCGCCUUCAUCCACAUUGACAAAGCCGACCCUGAGAACGGAGGUCUCUGCAUCUACCCUGGCUCACACAAACUCGGACCUCUUGAGGACGUCGGCACACUUGAGAAGGGAGACCGCUACCAUUAUGUAGACCCUAAAAAAUACCCCAUCGAGAAAGCCACCCCAGUACACGCUGAAGCCGGAGACGUAGUCAUCUUCUCCUACCUAACCCUCCACGGCAGCUACCGCAACCUGUCCGACCGCCCCCGCCGCAUGUACCUUAUCCAGCUUAUGUCUGCCCAUGAUGAGCCCUUGGACCCCAACGUGCACAAGAGCUUGGGGCAAGGCUGGGUGCUCAGAGGCAAGAACGACUAUAAGAAGGCUGAUAUGGCCGAGCGGUUCCUGCACUGAUUGUUGACGUUAUUGUUAAUCAACUUAUUGUUAUUGUUAAGAGUAAGAUUAAACGAGGUUAAAUCAA